AUGUUCUCCAAGGCGGAGAGACUUUUCGCUUAUGCCGACAAGGAUGACAUCAAGACCCGUGCAUUAGCUCUGAGGGACGAACUCACUCGCUUGAGAAAAGCCGACGAGGAAGAUAUUUGGUUUACUUCACCCAUUCAUUUGGAACACCGCUCUUGGGACAACAAGUUGCUUGCUUAUGAUUUUUCUUUUGGAACAACCAAGUGGAACAAUAAUUUGGUCCUUGUAUCUCAAGCAAUGUGUGUUGAGAUCAUGGUAAAGCCGGCUGACGGUGACAAGGCAAAGGAUGCACACACUUACUCUAUCUUUGAUGAUGAUGAUGACAAAGAGAACGACUAA